GAUGCUCCUAGGACUAAAAAGUAGAGGUGUAAGUCGAUUUGGGUCAUUCGCGAACUCCAAUUAACGUCAAAUAACUCAAACAGUUUGGGAUAAGUAAAUAUUGUGCUCGGGUUUAUCAUCAUAACCUUCAUUGAAAAGAAAUGGCUGAGGCAAGCAUUGGCAGCAAAAGCAGCAGAUGGUCUUUACAGGGAAUGACAGCUCUCGUCACCGGUGGAUCCAAAGGAAUCGGAUAUGCUAUCGUGGAGGAGUUGGCACAGCUUGGAGCCACUGUGCACACUUGCGCUCGGAACGAAGCUGAACUCAAUGAAUCCUUAAAUGAAUGGAACACAAAAGGAUACAGAGUAACUGGUUCCGUCUGUGACGUGGCGUCUCGUGCAGAAAGACAAGACCUCAUUGCUAGAGUCUCCAAUGAGUUUAAUGGCAAACUCAAUAUCCUUGUAAACAACGUGGGAACAAACGUACCGAAACAUACCCUUGAUGUUACGGAGGAAGACUUCUCAUUUCUGAUAAAUACGAAUCUUGAAUCUGCUUACCACCUAAGCCAGCUUGCACAUCCUCUCCUGAAAGCUUCAGAGGCUGCAAACAUCAUUUUUAUAUCCUCCAUUGCUGGUGUGCUAUCAAUAGGAGUAGGAUCCACUUAUGGUGCAACAAAAGGAGCAAUGAACCAACUGACUAAAAAUUUGGCAUGUGAGUGGGCCAAAGACAAUAUAAGGACUAAUUGCGUUGCACCAGGGCCAAUCAAAACCCCUCUCGGUGACAAGCAUUUUAAAAAUGAAAAACUUCUUAAUGCUUUCAUUUCGCAAACCCCCCUUGGACGGAUUGGAGAAGCAGAGGAAGUGUCUUCAUUGGUGGCAUUCCUCUGCUUACCUGCAGCCUCUUACAUAACAGGACAGACCAUUUGUGUUGAUGGUGGAUUAACAGUGAAUGGUCUCUAUAUAAAUUAGAGAAGUACUACCAACACACUCUCUAACACACUUCUCUUGACACAUAUUCUACCAUAAGUUACAAAUAAUAAAAAAUUACAAAAUCAUGAAAAUAAGAUCUAGGACCCAUAUAUUUUUGUGAUAUCUAAAAAAUUUCAAACAAUAAAAAAAAUGUAUUGAAAAGAGUGUAUAAGAUAAUGUGUUGUUAGCAUUUUUAUAUAAACUAUGUUAAGAGCAAGGUCUGAUGCAUACGUUGCUAGUUUUUAUAUUACUAUUGAGAAUAAAUAGCUGAAAGUCCCUUGGUUCAAUCUAUAUCAUUUGGGAGGGGGAAUUUGUUGGGAAUAAAUUUGUAUGUCCACGAUCCAAUCAUCAUGUAAUCAAUUUUAAUUUUAAUAAUAAAGUAUUAUUUUAUUUUCAUUGUCA